AUGAGAUGGCUCGAUGUGAGUGUGUCCAACCUCACAUGUACCAGGUACUGGGUGGUGUACCUGCAGGUCAUCCAGGAGGCGGUGUGGCCUGGUGGAGUUUUGCCAACUGCCCCGGUGUUUGAACGCAGCCAGCAGCAAAAGGAUGACACCAAACAACAAGCUUUACGCUGUCUGAUGAGACUCUUACCAGAUCUGGUCUCAGAUGUGUUGGGCUCAGAGAAGUACCGACUCAGCUGGCAGACUGCUCUGGACUCUUUCCAGGACCCCCACAUCAACAGACACCUGGUGUUCUGCAUAUUUGAUCUGCUGCUGGAGUUCCUGGUUCCUGAAAUACCCGAAGAAAACUUCCAAAGAAGCCUGCUGCAGAUGCUCGGCAAGAACCCAGAGAAGCUGCUGGCAUGAGGAGACACAUGUAAACCCACCUUCCAUCAUCCUAGCUCGUCUACAACUCCCAGCAGUGUGACAGCAAGGCUGAUAUCAUGUUCUGCACUGAGAGUUGUGACUCUGCAGUGGACCCUCAGCUCAGCCCUCUGUGCUGAAAUACUUCACAAGCUUUGUGUUUCUAACUGUGUGCGACUCUGCUGACUGCUGUGAAGGAUGGAUAUUAUCUUCCUACUGUUGCUGCAACCGUGACAAACCUGAUCAUCAUUGUAUUUGCUUUAUCAUAAUGUUUUAUUAUGAUUUUACUAAAUCAAUAUGUCCCAUCAAAACAAGCUCAAAUAACAUUAGAUGUUAGCAUGUUAGCCAUUUUUAGGUAGUUAGCAGCUAUUAGAGGUGUAACGUUUGCUGGUGCUGGUCCAGCACAGUGUUUCUCUAAGAAUGAAGAUGUGCUGUUCUACGUGGCGGUGAUAGAAGAAUAUCUCACACAUUAAACUGAGUAGAUGUGCAGAGAUGUCCUGAUGUCUGCCAGGCUACAGUGUAAGCUCUCAGCCUUUCACAGGAAGCAUGACGACACGCUGUGGGCUUUACAGACAUGAUGGUAAAUGAGACAUUUCUCCCAAUAAUGAAAAGGUUUUAAUAUAAGAGUGUCAUGUGAAACAUGAAUUACCGGUCAGUCAAUGCUGUAAAUACUUUCACGACAAAUCAGUGAUGCUGAGUGACGCUAGGGAAACAGGAAGGUCCUAAUAUGGUCAUGUGUGAGCACAGCAGCCACUGCUGUUAGAGCUUCAGUUCCUGAGGGAAGGUUGGUUUGAAAGGUUUGUGUCACACAGAUGAUCUGUGCUGUACCAAGGCCCAGUGUGAGCUAAAUAUGGCUUAUUUUAAACUGUCAAUCAUGCAAAGCUACUCUAAUGGAGUCUGAGAAAUACAACAUGAAGCUGGAAACAAAUAGCUCUGCUUUACUCAGUAGCAGAUGUGAGAUUAUCUUUGUAUUGUGUUAAUGCCAAAAUAUACAGCAAAUAGCCACAUGUUUGUAAACAGCAGACACUAAUGCAUCAUGUUAACCUGCGUGUUUGCUGCCCGUCUGCACCAUAACGUGUGACCGUGUGUUUGUGCUGUCUUUGUAAACCUUCGCAUUAAAAACAAUAAACUGACCAAUCCUGAGCUGUUAAA